GUCGUAUGUUUGCUCCAACCAAGACCUGGAGAAAAUGGCACGUUAAGGUGAACCAAAACGAGAAGAGAUACGCUGCUGCCUCUGCUAUUGCUGCCUCUGCUGUUGCUCCUCUCGUUUUGGCCAGAGGUCACAGAGUUGAGCAAAUUCCAGAGAUCCCAUUGGUUGUCUCCUCUGACGUUGAGAAGAUCACCAAGACCAAGGAGGCUGUUGCUGUCUUGAAGGCUGUUGGUGCUCACUCCGACGUUGUCAAGGUCAUCAAGUCCAAGAAGCUCAGAGCUGGUAAGGGUAAGCUCAGAGGCAGACGUUACGUCCAAAGACGUGGUCCAUUGGUUGUCUACGGUGAGGACAACGGUUUGGUCAAGGCCUUCAGAAACAUCCCAGGUGUCGAGACUGCUAACGUCUCCUCCCUUGGUUUGUUGCAAUUGGCCCCAGGUGCUCACGUUGGUAGAUUCAUCAUCUGGACCGAGUCUGCUUUCGCCAAGUUGGACUCCGUCUGGGGUUCCGAGGCUGUUGCCUCCUCCAAGUCUGGCUACUCCUUGCCAGCCAACAUCUUGGCCAACUCUGAUGUUACCAGAAUCAUCAACUCUUCUGAAAUCCAAGCUGUUGUUAGACCAGCUGGUCAACCAACUCAAAAGCGUACCCACGUUUUGAAGAAGAACCCACUCAAGAACAAGCAAGUUCUCUUGAGAUUGAACCCAUACGCUAAGGCUUUCUCCGCUGAGAAGUUGGGCUCCAGAAAGGUUGAGGGUAAGGGUGCUGCCAAGCCAUCCAAGGGUCAAUUCGAGCAGCUCUUGAAGCACGACUAAGUCUAGUUUCCUCGAGAGAUUAGUGGAAUGGAGCGAG